UUCAGGAAUCAUCUCAUUGCCAUGAUAGGGGAAUUUGUCGGCACCUUCCUCUUCUUAUUCUUUUCCUUUGCCGGUACUCAAGUUGCCAAUACAGCUGCUUCAUCAACCAUGGGCCCGAAUGUUGGCACUCUGUUAUAUAUCAGCCUCGCCUUCGGUUUUUCAUUGGUCGUCAAUGCAUGGAUAUUUUUCCGCGUGACUGGCGGUCUCUUCAAUCCAGCCGUCACCCUCGGAAUGUUUCUGAUUGGCGCUGUGCCUGCCGUGCGUGCUGUUGUCGUGUUUAUUGCGCAGCUGCUAGGAGCCAUGGCGUCGGCAGGUGUGGUCUCUGCGGUUUUCCCAGGCCCUCUAAGAGUGGCUACCCAGUUGGGCAUGGGCACUUCCAAAUCGCGUGGAUUGUUUAUCGAAAUGUUCCUCACGGCCGAACUUGUUUUGACAAUCUUCAUGCUCGCAGCCGAAAAACACCGAAGCACAUUUAUUGCCCCAAUUGGAAUCGGGCUUUCUUUAUUUAUUGCGGAGUUGGUUGGCGUAGGCUAUACGGGUGGCUCCCUGAACCCUGCCCGUUCAUUUGGGCCUGCCGUGGUGAACCAUUCAUUUCCAGUCUACCAUUGGAUCUACUGGGUCGGACCAGGCCUGGGUUCGCUCCUGGCCUGCGGCUUCUACAAAAUGCUCAAAUCUUUGGAGUAUGAAACC